AUUUGGCUUUUAAAAGCCUAGAAAACACGGUAACAUACAUCAUCUUGUUCUAGAAGACAAGUUUCCACUGGAAAAGCAUAAAGUUAAGGGUUCUUUUGUUAUAAAAAUAAAUGGACCAGAAGGGUGGUCCUGGGACCCAGAUAAGGAGUUGUAUUAUGUUGGUUCCUGUUUUGGUAGAUGAUACUGGUUGCACUGGUAACAAAGAUAUCAAUUUUCGGUGUACAGGGUUUACCAUAUCUGGUAGAGUUGUAGGAUCUGUUGGUUGGGGAGCUGCCUACUUAAAGAUGGAGUACAAAUUGCAUGCUUCGCAUCCUGAUAUCAAAAUAGAAGUUAGAGGUUCCACAGAGUAUGGAAAUACAUUGGAUGUAGGUGGAAUUGGGAUUUCAAAAUGGUGCAUUUGAUGAUAUUUUCUUUGUUCCUGGCUAUGACAUCCAUGGAUCUGUGGUUUCCCAGGUACUUUGUACUAGAAUGCAAAGUUGUUUUUAUUGCCUGCAAAACAUCUUUGUGUAUCAGGAUGUGUUCUAUUGUGUUUAAAAAGCUCAUUAAAUAGUAUAACAUUCUGAGACCAAGAAUAAGAUCCAUGUGUGAUUUGUUUAAGUCAUUUCCAUCAUUUCUUGAAGUUAAAUUCAUCAAAAUCUUUCUCAACCAAGAGAGAGGGGAGGAAGGAUUUAUGAUUUGGUAAUUGAAUUGGUGAUGUAAUUGUUUCUUAGAGGCAGAGGGAUGGUGAUAUUUAAGCAAUCUCUUCAUUUUAUUUGAAGAUCUAACUCUAAUAUGUUUGAGAAGCUUAUCCAUGAGUAUGAUAUUGUAAUAUCAACAAUAGUAGUCAUGUAUAAUUGAUCUUUUCUGUUGUCAGCUAUUUGAAGAUAAACUUUGAGGCUUUUCUUUCCUCAGCCAAAAGGGUGUGAGGGAUUUAUGGUCUAGUAGUCAAACUUGUGAUGCAAAAUUUUCUUGUCAGCAAAGCAUUCAUUUUUUAUGGCCAUUAAAAUGUUAGAAGUGCA